CGAACCAGGGAGAUCUACGAGAAGGCCAUCGAGGCUCUGCACGAGCAGCAUAUGCGCCACAUGUGCGUCAAAUUCGCCGAGCUGGAGACGAAGCUGGGCUAGGUGGAUCGAGCCAGGGCCAUCUACGCCCAUUGCUCACAGGUGUGCGAUCCCCGCAUCACGGCGGACUUCUGGCAGACCUGGAAGGAGUUCGAGGUGCGUCAUGGCAACGAGGAUACGAUGCGUGAAAUGCUGCGGAUCAAGCGUUCCAUUCAGGCCACCUACAACACUCAGGUCAACAUGAUGGCUGCCCAGUUUGUCAACACGAACACGAAUGGUGUGGCUGCCGAUGCUGGUGCUGGCUCCGGACCGGAUGCCAUGCGGCUGCUCGAGGAGAAGGCCCGCCAGGCGGCGGCCGAGGCCAAGCAGAAGCCCGCCGAGAAGGCUGCCUCCAAUAUCAUGUUUGUGCGCGGCGAGACCCAGGGCGGGGCCAAGGGCAAGGAAAAUACAGUCGUCAAUCCGGAUGAGAUUGAUAUUGGCGACAGCGACGACGACGACGACGAUGAGGAGGAGGACCUGCAGCAGCCGAGUGGAGACCAGGCCGAGGCAGGCCAGGCCACAACCAAAACCGAUGACGAGGGCCUCAUCAUGAAGAAACUGCGCUUCGAACAAAAGGCCAUACCGGCCAAGGUCUUUGGCAGCCUCAAGCCGACAAAUCAAUCCGAUUCCGAUGAGGGAUAAAUCUUUUGUUUCUUUUGAUUACGCGAAAUAUAAAUGUAUGUCUGUGGAAUACUUCCCUCGA